AUGUCCGAGCCUGAACCAUUUCAAUCCGGCGGUUUAGAAUUUAUCCCUGAUGAAAAUGAAUAUGAUUCUGAAGCUAAUGAUGUGGCUAUUCAAGAAAACGAAUUAUUAACAAAAUCAGCCUUCCAAAGCCAAUGUAAAGAUUCCGAAAAUUUUGAUAUAGAUGUAAAGGCUUUCUUUCAAACAUCUUGUAGUAAAAUCGCAAACCUAGUCGAUGAAAAUUCCUGGAAAUAUGAAAUUACAAAAUAUUCAUCUGAAGGCAGGGCUAAUAGUUCAGAAAAUGUAUUGAAUUGGUGGAAGAGGCACGAGACUGUAUUUCCAAUGUUUAAAAUGGCUAGAAAUUUCAUAGCCAUAUCUGCUACAUCGGCAUCAAUAGAGAGGAUUUUGUUAAGGGCUUCUCUAACAGACUUCAACAUUAAAAUAAAGAAAAAAAUUUAA